GGUGGCGCUCUCUCCCAGGACUUCCCUGAGCGCACGAGUCCCGUUAUCCUCCUCCUCCUCCUCCUCCAGCGCGGAGCGCAGCCUUCACCGGGAACUCAAGUGACUGGCUGCUGCAAUUAAGGAACCGCACCCGCUGCUCUCUAAUUUCUCCUCAUCCCAGUGCUUAUAUAGGCCACCACCAUUUCCCCCGGAGCUAAAGAAAAAGUCGUCUCAAGGGGGCUCCGGACCAGCUCGUCUGUUCCGGGACAUGUUCAUCGACUUCUCUCCCCUUGAAUUAUUUGCGUCAUCGUGAGUGAGACCCUGCAGGGCUGAUCAUCCUACAACAACCAUGGAGUACCUCAGGUUUUGCUUGCUGUUUUCAUGCUGGAUCACGUUUGCGAACUGCAUCUUCCCUACUGAUGUCCCCCAAACUCCUGCGCCCAUCCCUAAAGAAAAACUGCUCGUCUUAACCGUUGCAACUGAGGAGACUGAUGGCUUCCGCCGCUUCAUGCAGUCUGCUAACUAUUUCAACUACACUGUGAAGGUCUUGGGGAUGGGAGAAACAUGGAAGGGGGGCGAUGUAGGUCGUUCAAUCGGUGGAGGACAAAAAGUCAGACUACUGAAGGAGACCAUGGAGGCGCUUGCUGAACAGGAGGAUCUUGUUGUUCUGUCUGUGGACAGCUAUGAUCUCAUCUUCGCCGGGGGACCUGAAGAAAUUCUCAGGAAGUUCCAGCAAGCCAAUAACAAGGUGCUUUUCGCUGCAGAGGGGCUGGUAUGGCCAGAUAAACGACUGGCUGACAAGUACCCCUCAGUCCGCAGCGGCAAGCGCUACCUCAACUCUGGAGGUAUAAUUGGCUAUGCCCCUUACGUGAACAGAAUCGUUUCACAGUGGAACCUCCACGACAAUGACGACGACCAGCUCUUCUACACCAAAAUAUACCUGGAUCCAUUACAACGAGAAACUCUCAAUAUGACUUUGGACCACAAGUGCCAGAUUUUCCAGAAUCUGAAUGGGGCUGUUGAUGAAGUCCUUCUCAAGUUUGGAACAGACAGAGUGAGAGUUAGGAACACGAUGUAUGACUCUCUGCCGGUCGUUGUCCAUGGCAACGCAAACACCAAAAUGUACUUGAACUACUUGGCUAACUAUGUUCCUAAUGCCUGGAACUAUGAACGUGGCUGCGGCCACUGUGACGACGACCUUCUAGACUUGUCUGAGUUAAAAGAGUUUCCAAACGUGUUGGUCGGAGUUUUCAUUGAGCAGCCAACUCCGUUUCUUCCAGAAUUCUUCCAGCGGCUGCUGACCUUGGAUUAUCCAAAGGAUAAACUCACACUAUUCAUCCACAACAACGAGGUUUACCACGAAAAGCACAUCCAGAGGUUCUGGGAAGACAACAAGAAUGUGUUCAAGAGUUUCAAGGUUGUUGGACCAGAAGAAAAUUUGAGCCAAGGAGAGGCCAGGAAUAUGGGAAUGGACCUUUGCCGUAAGGAUGCAACAUGCGGGCACUACUUCAGCAUCGAUUCAGAUGUCAUGCUCACCAACAGGCAGACACUCAAGCUUCUCAUUGAGCAAAACAGAAAUAUAAUUGCCCCCCUUGUCACUCGUCAUGGCAAGCUGUGGUCCAACUUCUGGGGAGCCUUGAGUCUGGAUGGUUAUUAUGCACGCUCUGAGGAUUAUGUCGACAUUGUGCAAAGGAAACGUGUGGGCGUGUGGAACAUUCCUUACAUGGCACAUGUAUACCUCGUCAAAGGAACCGUCCUGAGGAACGAACUUAAAGAAAGGAACUACUUUGUUCUGGAGAAACUGGACCCAGACAUGGCUAUGUGUAGAAAUGCCAGAGAAAUGACCAGUCACAGGGAAAAAGACUCCCCUUCUCCGGAAUCAUUCCAUAUGCUCAGGCCCCCAAAGGGAGUGUUCAUGUACAUAACCAACCGUCACGAGUUUGGGAGGCUCAUCUCCACUGCCAAUUAUAACAUUUCUCAUUACAACAAUGACCUGUGGCAGAUAUUUGAAAACCCUGUGGACUGGAAGGAGAAGUACAUCCACCAAAACUACUCACAAAUCUUCACUCAGAACCAAAUGGAGGAGCCUUGCCCAGAUGUUUUCUGGUUCCCAGUUUUCUCAGAAAAGGCUUGUGAUGAAAUAGUGGAGGAGAUGGAGCACUAUGGUUCAUGGUCCGGGGGCAGGCAUGAGGACAAGAGAAUUACUGGAGGCUAUGAGACAGUGCCGACUGAUGACAUUCACAUGAAGCAAAUUGGGUUUGAUAAAGAGUGGUUACACUUCAUCCGAGAAUUCAUAUCACCCGUCACGUUAAAGGUUUUCUCUGGCUACUACACAAAGGGUUACGCAGUAAUGAACUUUGUGGUAAAAUAUACACCAGGGAGGCAGUCGUAUUUAAGGCCCCAUCAUGACUCUUCCACCUUCACCAUCAACAUCGCCCUCAAUAACAAAGACGCUGAUUUCCAGGGUGGAGGUUGUCGCUUUCAUAGGUACAACUGCUCCAUAGAAUCACCAAGAAAAGGCUGGACCUUCAUGCAUCCGGGACGACUGACUCACCUCCACGAAGGCCUACCCACCACGAACGGAACCCGCUACAUCGCAGUGUCCUUCAUCGAUCCUUGAAAUAUCUCUUUGUAUUGUAAAUUAUUUUUGUUCUUUACGUCUUGGUCUUUUUUUUUUCAGUUUGAAGUUUUGUGCAGCAGAUAUCUUCCUGAGGCAAUACUUUUUUUUGCUUUUUUUUCUAAAGCUGUAGCUUUAAAAUCAUAAAUGAUUUCAUAAAACCAAUCUCUGUCAAACAGAGUGCGUCAUGGCAAGGGAAUAGACAAAAGUAAUCAAUACUUACAAAUUUGCCAAAAAAAAGAAAGUGUUCAGACGAGACAGAGUUGUGCACCAUGCCAGUUUAAAAACGAAAAAAGCAACAUAUUCAGAGGAAUAAUCUGUACUGUAGGUUGCUGUGAUUUUCACAACUCUGAUCUUACGUUGCCAUGGUAAUCACCAUACAUGCUCAGUGGUAGUGUUGCAUAAAAAGCAUUAAAAAAAACAAAACAGCUACCGCAUUUAAGUGUGCAGAUGGAUCAGUGUGUAUCGUAUUGUGUUUCAGGUAAAAUGUCACUGAAUGCAUUUGUGCAUUUAUACUGGUAGUUUAUACUGGUAAUCUUGAUGGUAAUUACUACUGGUGCUUGUUGAUUUACCAUGUUUCUGGACUCAAGAUUCAGUUCUGUAUUUGCUGGAGUGUAUGUUAAUGCGUUUUCCUAACCUGAGGCAGUUCAUUUGAGAUUUUGAGAUUUCAUUUUUAUUUGUGCCCAGUGAAACCUGCUUUUGAAACUGUGCACGCCUGAUAAACAAGACAGCAGAGUUUGAGGUGAAUCUGUUUGAAUUCAGCCCAAUGCUUCUCUUUACUUGAAAGAACUCCCAUCUCAUGUAUUUAUUUUGUUUUAAAUUGGAAAUUGCAAGAUUCAUUUAGUUUACUGGAAAUAUUUCUCCCUUUUUUUCCCUCAUUUUGUUUUUCAUGCUGACGAAUGUGUGCGACUGGAUUCUGAAACUCAGAAAAUAAACUUUUUUAACUUAUUGUCAAGAUUGAAUAAAUUCUCUAUAAAAAUG